AUGCCGACUCCCAAAUACUUUCAAGAAUGUCCUCCUUUCCCCGCAGACACGCCCAUUCAUGAUCUGCCGACGGUGUCAUUUCAAGCACUAAAAGCCGGCGACAUAAAAGAGAGCGAACGUCUUUAUGAGGCCUGUCGUGCAUGGGGAUUCUUUUUACUAGACUUAAGAGAAUCGGAUGAUGGACAAACGCUUCUACAAGAUGCAGAGAAGAUGUACGAUCUUACGAGGGAGACUUACAGUCUUGACCAAUCUAUUCUUGAUAAAUACGCCUACAAUCCUCCUUAUGAUCUAACAGGGUAUAAACAGAAGGGUAAAUUGAAGACCGAUGACGGGAAAAUGGAUUGCAUGGAGCUGUAUAGUAUUAAUCAAGACGACAUGAUGGGAAACCGCCCUACACGCGAAUACGUCGAAACAAUUGAGCACAGCAGAUCCAACGUUGUGCAAUUCAUCCAGCAUUCACACGCAGCCAUCAGCGUCAUAAUGUCCCGCCUAGAUGAACAAUUAGGCCUCCCACCCGGCACACUAAAUGCGCUCAGCCCUCUAGAUCAAGUAUCAGAGACUUCAGUGCGACUCCUUCUCACCGAAUCACAAUCAACUCCACAAUACGACACCAUCACACUGGGCGGCCACACAGAUAUCGGGACAGCCACCCUUCUCUUCCACGUAGUUGGUGGCCUACAAAUUCUUCCUGCCGGAAAACAAAACAAAAUGGAGAACUGGAGUUAUGUUAAGCCAGAGCCGGGAUUUGCUCUUGUUAAUCUUGGUGAUACAAUUGUUGAAUGGACUGGUGGGCUGUUACGAAGCUCCCUGCAUCGUGUUAUUACGGCACCGGGUGAGCAGGCAACUGUUCCCAGGCAGAGCUUGGCAUAUUUGAUUCGAGCGCGGAAUAAUGCUACGAUGAACCGACUUAAGGGUGGCGUGAUUCCUUUACUUGGAGAUGGAGAGGAUGAUGAGACGCGUUCAGUUACUGAGUGGGCUGCGUGGCGCUCGAAGCAGGUUAUUGCAGGUGAAUUGAAGGCCCAGACGAGAGGAGGGUAUCCGAUUGUCCCAUCACAGACGGCAGUUUAG